UGAGGGGGGGGUCUUUAACACUUUUCAAUGGCUUCCUCUUCUGUUAUUGCUUGGGGCUCAGGUGAAGAUGGUCAAUUGGGUAUCGGAAACAAUGAAGAAAGAGAAUGGGUUUGCGUUGUUCAAGCUCUUGAGCCUCACAAUGUUCGCUCCGUCGUCGCUGGCAGCCGUAAUUCUCUCGCUAUUUGUGAUGAUGGCAAGUUGUUUACUUGGGGAUGGAACCAGAGAGGAACCCUGGGGCACCCUCCCGAGACCAAAACUGAGAAUAUUCCAAGUCAGGUUAAGGCUCUUGCUAAUGUUAAAAUUGUUCAGGCAGCUAUUGGUGGGUGGCAUUGUUUGGCUGUUGAUGAUGAAGGCAGAGCUUAUGCCUGGGGUGGGAAUGAGUAUGGGCAGUGUGGUGAAGAGCCUGAGCGGAAAGAUGAUACUGGUAGGCCUUUGAGAAGGGACAUUGUGAUUCCUCAGCGCUGUGCGCCAAAGCUUGUAGUUCGCCAGGUAGCUGCUGGGGGUACUCAUUCUGUAGUGCUGACACGUGAAGGAUAUGUUUGGACCUGGGGUCAACCUUGGCCACCCGGAGACAUAAAACAAAUAUCUGUUCCUGUGAGAGUACAAGGUCUCGAAAAUGUGAGGCUUAUCACAGUGGGAGCAUUUCAUAAUUUGGCUCUCCAGGAGGAUGGGACUUUAUGGGCAUGGGGUAAUAACGAAUACGGACAACUUGGAACUGGGGACACUCAGCCAAGAUCACAACCUAUACCUGUCCAAGGAUUAUCUGGUCUCACUUUGGUUGAUAUUGCUGCUGGUGGAUGGCAUUCCACUGCAUUGACUGAUGAUGGAGAGGUGUAUGGUUGGGGAAGAGGAGAACAUGGGAGGCUCGGGUUCGGAGAUAACGAUAAGAGCAGUAAAAUGGUGCCACAAAGGGUUCAACUUUUAGCUGGGGAAGAUAUUGUUCAGGUAUCUUGUGGUGGAACACAUUCGGUUGCAUUGACACGUGAUGGGCGCAUGUUUUCGUUUGGACGAGGUGACCAUGGACGACUAGGUUAUGGGCGGAAGGCAACAACAGGUCAACCCAUGGAAGUCCCGAUCAAUCUGCCAGCUCCAAAAAGUGUUAGCGGUAGUGGUGCUGAAGGAUAUUGGAUCUCUAAACUUGUUGCAUGCGGAGGCCGGCAUACGCUUGCUAUAGUAGAAUGGAAGACCGAUGAAUCUAAGCCAUAACUGAAGAAUGUAAUGUUCUCAUAUAUAUAAAUAUAGAACUUGAUGACUGAAGAACAGCAAAACCAGGUUCCAUUUAAAAAGCAUGAUGAGGAAUAACUAAAUAAAUGAACUUACUGUUCACUUAAA